GCCGCCGUCGCAGUCCCGGCCCCGCCGCCCCCCGCCAUGCCCGCCGACCUCAGCGGCACCUGGAACCUGAGCAGCAGCGACAACUUCGAGGGCUACAUGCUGGCCCUGGGUAUCGACUUUGCCACGCGGAAGAUCGCCAAGCUGCUGAAGCCGCAGAAGGUGAUCGAGCAGGAUGGGGAUUCGUUCACCAUCCACACGUACAGCAGCCUGCGGAACUACCUCGUGCAGUUCAAAGUCGGGGAGGAAUUUGACGAAGACACCAAAGGCCUGGACAACAGGAAGUGCAAGAGCUUGGUCACCUGGGACAAUGACAGGCUCACCUGCGUCCAGAAGGGGGAAAAGAAGGACAGAGGCUGGACCCACUGGAUCGAAGGCGACACGCUCCACCUGGAAAUGUUCUGCGAGGGCCAAGUGUGCAAGCAGACAUUCCAGAGAGCCUGAUCGGGACCCGCCAACGGAGCCAGGAGCCACACCACGCGCACCACGUGGGGCCGCAGCUUAACGCCUGACUCCACUCCAGAAAGAACGGUGUUAACCUGCCCCCCUUUGGUAAUGGGCCUCGUGGCCAGAGAGGGGGCACCAGCCUGUACCGGAGACCAUGUGGAUUGUGGGCAGACAGCUCAACUCCAAUAAACCUGCCGGACGACUCUGGCCUC